AUGCGCGUCAUGCUCAGGGAGGCUCGGCGGCCCGUGGUGUCUGCUGGCUGGCCACGCUCGCUGGAGGGCCUGGGCGAGGUGAGCGGCGUGUCCGUGGACCCCCACGGGGACCCCGUCGUCCUGCACCGAGGGCCGCGCCACUGGGACGCCGGGGCGUUCAACUCGACGACGCACUACCAGCGGCGGGCGGAGGGCCCCAUCGCGGUGGACACCGUGCUGACGCUGGACGCGCACAGCGGCCGGCUCAAGCGCUCCUGGGGCCGCGGGCUCUUCUACCUGCCGCACGGCCUCACCGUCGACCCCAGGGGCCACGUCUGGGUCACCGACGUCGCCCUCCACCAGGCGCUCAAGUUCGCACCGGGCUCCCCGGAACCGAUCAUAGAGGUUGGUACUCGGUUCGAGCCCGGGGUGGGGCACUACCACCUGUGCCAGCCCACAGCCGUGGCGGUGGCGCCGGAGCCCUCGGCUGAGGUCUUUAUCGCGGAUGGCUACUGCAAUUCGCGCAUCGUGGUGAUCAACUCGCAGGGCCGGUAUCUUAACCAACUGCCUCGCUACGACGAGUUCUUGUCGCUCCAGGUGCCGCACGGCCUGGCGCUGCUGCCCCACCGGGACCUGCUGUGCAUCGCGGACCGCGACAACAUGCGCGUCGUGUGCCCCAGGGCCGGGCUGGUGGGCCGCACGCCGCCCACGCCGCCCUCCACCAUCCAGGCGCCGGACAUGGGCCGCGUCUUUGCAGUCGCCGAGACAGGUGGUCUGCUGUACGCAGUGAAUGGGCCGACCUCUCCGCGGAUACCAGUCCGGGGCUUCACCUUGGAUACGGACAACGAGUCCGUCGUCGACCGCUGGGGAGCAGAAGAGGGCCUGGAGACGCCGCACGCUCUGGCGGCCUGCCCCAACGGCAGCGCCCUCUACCUCAGCGAGCUGUCGCCGCCACGCGUCUGGAAGUUCGACCUGCGGCCGCUGCCGCACUUCUAG